AUGGCAUCAACUUUACAAGAUCCAGAUCCACCAACCACCCAAGUGCGAGUGCGUUUGACCACCAGAGAUGCAGAUCUGACCCUCAACGAUGCGGCCCCAAUCCUCGUUCCUACGUCCUUCCGUCGCUAUCCGCUAUCUUCGUUGGUUAAUGGUCUUCUCGAAAAUGAGAAACCGGUGCCACUAGAGUUUAUUGUCAACGGCACAUAUCUUCGCACCACUCUUGAUGAGUACCUAAGUAAGAACGGCCUCUCGACCGAAACGACAUUGGCCAUUGAAUAUGUCCGGGCACGCAUUCCUCCUCAGUACAUCGCUUCUUACGAACAUGAAGACUGGGUCAGCGAUGUGGACGUCACAUCAUCAGAUAAUCCAAGAAUCUUAUCCGCGAGUUACGAUGGACUAUUAAGAGUUUGGAAUACCUCUUCGCAGGUACUGGCUACCUCUCCAGGCCCUAGAGCUGGCGGCCACAGCUCUUUUAUCAAGUCGGCCAAGUUUAUAUCACCAAAACAGGUCGUGUCCGGUGGGUUUGACCGAACGGUGCGGCUAUGGAAAUAUGCUGAGGAGGCUGACGGCUUUGCUGCCAGCUUAACGCCUUCGCUUGAGUUAUAUGGACAUAAAGCAUCAGUGGACUCGGUGAAUGCUCACGAGACGUCGGGCCGUAUUCUUUCCGCAUCUGCCGACCAUUCGGUGGGUUUUUGGUCGACGAGAAAAUCGGACGCACCACCUGCACCAGAGGAGUUAAUACCCCGUACGACGACCAAGGAUGGGAAGAGGAGGAAACUGAACCCAGACAUCUCGCUUCCACAGAGAGGACCACUGGCUCUGAUGCAGCAACAUACAGGUCCAGUCUCUGGGGCUGUCUUCGAUGCCAACGAUGCCACGGUGGGUUAUUCCGCCUCGUGGGACCAGACGGUACGGACGUGGGAUUUAGUGACUGCAGCUUUGGUGGAUACAAGAACGACGUCAAGUGCGCUGUUUUGUGUUGAACACAUGCCCAAUCUCCACCUUCUGGCAGCUGGAUCGGUCAGUCGUGUCAUCAAGCUGGUGGAUCCACGAGCUUCGGCCACCACCGUUGCGGCCAUGACAUUAAAAGGCCACAAGAACUCCGUGGUGAGCCUUGCACGCGACCCAAGCAAUGAUUACACACUUGUCAGUGGCAGCCAUGAUGGCACGUGCAGGGUAUGGGAUGUCCGCAGCACGCAGCAAGAAAAGGAAGGAUUAGUCGGCCAGAGUCUUUAUACACUGCCAAGAGCGAGCCUGAAAGGCGGACCGAACCCUGUGUCCGGAGAUGGGGUCAAGGUCUUCGGAGUCUGCUGGCAUAAGGAUGUGGGUAUUUUGAGUGGUGGUGAGGACAAAGUAGUCCAGGUCAACAGCGGUGGGAAGUCAUGA